UUCCUCCUAUAUGUGAAACCAUCUGAUAUUUUUCUUUUUCCUUCUGACUUAUUUUACUGAUCAUAAGUCCUUCCAGCUCAUCCAAGUUGCUGCAAAUGGCACGAGUUUAUCUUUUUGAUUGCUGAAUAGUAUUUCAUUGUGUAUAUAUACCACAUCUUCUUGAUCCAGUUAUCUAUUUUUGGGCAUUUGGGUUGUUUCCAUAUUUUACUUAUAGUAAAUAGUGAUGCAGUAAACAUAGGGAUGCAGGUGUCCAUUUGAAUUAAUGUUUUUGUGCUCUUUGGAUAGAUUCCUUGGAGUAGAAUUGCUGGUGUCCGGAGCCGCCUGGAGCCUGCGCCGUGUUGCGCAACACACGUGCUAUUAAUUAGUUUUCGCUUUACCGUUUGCCUGCUGAGAAACCACAGGUGUUUCCUAUUAAUCAAAUGAGACUGGGAGGUACGAUGGGAGGAGCUACCAGGAUAUAAGAAGAGAACGACGAGAAGGUCAGGAGAUUAUUAUUGCAAGAGGUUACCGCGAGAGGAGCAGAGAGAAGGUCAGGGAAGGUAGAAAGACAGGGAAAAGUAAAAGAAAGCCCUUCUCUUUUCCUGCCUAUGAAUCCCGCGGGUCGGGACAGGUGGCGCCCAACGUGCGGCACGAAAAAGAACGAAGGAACCGCUGAAAGACCAGCUGUGGUGAGCCGGCAAGUAAAGUAAAGUAAGGUAAGGUAGCUGGGAUCAUGGGCAAUGCAAUGUCCAAGGGGCAGUUAGUUAUUUCCCUGGAAGCUCUCCUAAAAGAGUUUGGGGUUCCUCUCAGUAGAAAAAUUCUUAAAAGAUUUGUAGAGACCCUUAGUAUCACUAGUAAGUGGUUUCUGGAGCAGGAUCAGGUCGAUAGUGCCAAAUGGAAUAAGGUAAAAGGAGAUAUCGUCUUACCUCAACAAUUAUAUGGUCUUGAGUCUCUUCCUGGCCCUACCUUGAUGGUCUGGGGAGUGGUGGGAGAUGCUCUUAAUGCCUGUGGUACUGCUGCCGCUCAGUUAGCCACUGAGGCCGUCAGGACAGCGAGACAAACAGAGGAAGAAGAUAGAAGUUCCAUUAUGAGUUCUACAUCGGUAAGUCCCCCUUCCUCUACUCAAAAAAUACCAACAGCCCCUCCCCUAGAUUAUUCUACCCAUGAGUCGGGAGGAGAGGAGGAACAGGAUGAGAAAGGUCUCAGUUGUUAUAAUCCAAGGAAGCGUAAAAGGAGAUGGAAAACACCUGGGGAGCCACCUCCUGCGCCACCUCCUAGAACACUGGACAGGGUUGAUCUUCCGUUAAUGGAAAGACUGUGCUCUAUGAUGGAAAGAGCCUUGGUUUCCCAGGCUCCUAAUUAUGCUUACCCAGUCAUGGAAGGGACAGAUCCUCAAGGGGUGCUUACUAGAGUACAUGUCUCCAUCGACACAUUCUCUGGUUUUCUUUUCGCCUCCCCACAUUGCGGUGAAAAGACUUCUGAUGUCCGCUCACAUUUGUUACAAGCGUUUGCGGUAAUGGGCCGCCCACGUGUCAUUAAGACAGAUAGCGGUUCUGGUUAUACCAGUAAGGCUUUUGCCUCCUUUUGUGCGGUCCAUCGCAUUGUGCACAAAACAGGAAUUCCAUACAACCCGCAGAGGCAGGGUAUAGUUAAACGUGCCCAUGGUUCUCUGAAGACUAUGCUUUUAAAACAAACGGGGAGAACACUCCCCCAGGGACCGUUUGACUACAGCUCUCUUUACCCUUAAUUUUUUGACCCUAGAUACCCAGGGGCGGUCAGCUGCUGAUCGGCACUGGUCUCCAGACCCUCGGCAGGUCACGAUGCUGCAAGCGACAUGGAAGGACCAGGUUAAUAAUGAGUGGCAACCACCCGCACCAGUAUUAAUACAGCUGCCCGGCAGCAUUUGUCUUUUCCCACAGGAUGCGGAAGCACCCCGAUGGGUUCUUGCUCGAUUGGUUCGGUUUGUCAAUAUACCUGACCCUGCUAACCUUGAUGACACAAGCGUCCCAGAUGUCAGUACGAUGGGCGAUUGUGCAUCAGCUGCCUUUUUUGCUCCUUUUUGCUCGUCAUGAUUCCAUUUUUCCGCAAGUGUUUGCCACUAAUCUUACUACUGGUCUGGCUUCCAAGCCAUUGGAUAGUGCCCUGUUGGGCCAGGGUGAGGUAAAAUUAUUUAAUGACAUUUAAUCUGCAAACAUUAGUUCUACCAUUGAACAAUCCAUUAGUAUCCAAAAUAAUAGAUCAGAGAGUUUGUCUACUGUUGUUUGCCUGUCCCCUCCUUCUUUUUUGUCCUCUUCAAUAAUGCAGGAAAUGCAACUGUGUUGAAUUGUUCAGCGGAGCCCUGCACCCUCUCUGCCUGCUGGACCCGGAGUGCGGAGAGGGCAGUGAUCGUUCGUCUGCCUUCUACUUUAGUCAUAACUGUGGAUGUUUCUGCACAUCUUUCUCCUGUUCUACCUAGGAGGAGACGUGAUUUUGGCAUCACUGCAGCUGUUGUCGCUGUUUCAAUAGCGGUGGCCGCGGCUGCCGCCACCGUCUGUCACUCAAACUGCUGCAAAUGCUGACACUAUAAACAAUUUAGUUGCCAAUGUUGUUUUUGUGUUAUCAACAUAGCAAGAUAUGAAUGAACAUUUAUGAAAUGGACUUUUGAUGCUUAAUUAGCAGAUAGCUCUGAUGUAAAAAGGGAUACACACUUUUGUUAACUGCUCACAUGCAUUGUAACUUUUUGUACAGUUUUAUUUGUGUAAUUCCUGUUAUGGUGAAAAAUAUGUUUAUGGAAGAAAAUAGGUUAAAUAGUGUAAUCAGAGGACCUUGGAACCACCAGCUCCUGAACCUGACCUCUCAAUUGGCGAGACAGCUCAUAACUGUUAACAACACUCGGGUUACCCCUGUUAUAAGUGAGGGUCUCAUUGCCUGGUUUAGAGGACUCCUCCCAGAGUUGCUAUUUGUGCAGUCUGCAUAUGGUUUCUCCGUCGGCUACGGAGGCGAAACAAAAAACGUGCUAUUGCGGUCAGGCAAGUACUUGGCGCCAUGGUACUUGACCAGGACUCCCCAGUGGCAUCCGGAUGGGUCAACUUAGCCCUAGAGAACCUGAGAGCUAAAGAUGGGUAAGAGCGUAGCCCGUCCAGACCAACCUAAGACAGCGGUCCGGACCAAGUGCGCCUGAUUAGCGAUGACGGGUAAGGCUGGUCACGGAAUAUGCCAACCUAAGACAGGCCAGGUGUCUCAUUUAAAAGAAAAAAGGGGGAGAUGUCCGGAGCCGCCUGGAGCAUGCGCCAUGUUGCGCAACACACGUGCUAUUAAUUAGUUUUUGCUUUACCGUUUGCCUGCUGAGAAACCACAGGUGUUUCCUAUUAAUCAAAUGAGACUGGGAGGUACGAUGGGAGGAGCUACCAGGUAUAAGAAGAGAACCACGAGAAGGUCAGGAGAUUAUUAUUGCGAGAGGUUACCGCGAGAGGAGCAGAGAGAAGGUCAGGGAAAAGUAAAAGAAAGGUAAAGGAAAAAUAAAGAAGUAAACACUAGCAUCAGGUUGUCUCAAGCCCCUCAUUUCAAUCCUCAGCCCUUCUCUUUUCCUGCCUGUGAAUCCCGCGGGUCGGGACAGCUGGCUCAUAUGGUAGCUCCAUUUUCAGUAGUUUGAGGAAACUCCAAGCAGCUUUUAUAGUGGUUGGACCAGUUUACAUUCCCACUAGCAGUGUAGGAGAGUUCCUUUUUCUGUACAUCCUGGCCAACAUUUGUUGCUGCUAGCUUUUUUAAUUUGUGCCAUUCUUGCUGGUGUAAGGUGGUAUCUCAUUGUGGUUUUGAUUUCCCUGAUAAGUUGUAUUGAACAUUUUUUCAUGUACCUGUUGGCCAUUUGCAUUUCCUCUUUAGAGAAGUAUCUUUUUAGGUCUUCUGCCCAUUUUUUGACUGGAUUGUUUACCUUGUUUUUGUUGAGUCAUGUGAGCUCUUUGUAUGUUUUUGUGAUCAGUCCCUUAAUCAGUUGUAUGGAAUGUAAAAAUUUUCUCCCAAUUCAUAGGGUGUCUCUUAGUUUUGCUUAAUGUCUCUUUUGCUGAAGAGAAUUCUUGUUUCAGCAUAUAUACUUUACUCCUUUAUAAAAAAUUAAUUGUCCAUAUAUCUGUGAUUUUAUUUCUGGACUCUCAAUUCUAUUCCAUUGGUCUCUGUGUCAAAUAAACACUGGUACAUUGUUCCAGUACCAUGUUAUUUUAAUUAUUAGGGCUUUAUAGUAUAGUUUGAAGUCUGGCAAUGUGACAACCAUAUUCUCUGUUUUUGACAAGAAAACUUUGACUAUUCAGGGUUGUUUAUGAUUUCAUGUGGAUUUCAGUAAGAAUGUGUUUGGAAUUUUAAUUGGGAUUGCAUUGAAUAUGUAAAUUGCUUUGGAUAGGAUUGUCAUUUUGAAAAUGUUGAAUCCUCCUAUCCAAGAGCAGGGAGUAUCUUAUCUUCUUUUGGCAAUGUUUUAAAGUUUUCAUUGUUUAGGUCUUUUACCUCCUUUGCUGUACAGCACAAUAGACAGUAACCAACAUGAAGAGACACCCAUCUGAAUGGGACAAAGUAUUUAUACAUCACACAUCUGACGAGGGACUGAUAUCAAAGAUCUACAAAGAGCUUGUGCAACUCAGGGCCUCCCUGGUGGCACCAUGGGUUAAGACGCAGCACUAUGAAGCUAUCUGCAGCCACGGCAGCAAGAGUUAGAUACCUGGCCAGGGAGGUUACCCACAUGGUGU